CUUCCAUCUUCAACCACCACCAACUCAUCAACUUCAUCAACGCCGCCCAUAAGUACCAUCAACCACCGCCAAACCAAACCUCCUACCAUCACCACCAUGCCCCUCCCAUCCAACAGAGACCUCGCCUUAUCCACAAGCUCAGACGUCGUCCUCGCAAGCACUAUUGUCUGGAUCUUCGCGAGACUACUACAUCCCAGACCCGCCUUGAUCGUGGCCCUCUGGGUCCUGAUGACUUACGCCUUGGACCUUGUCGAUGUCUACGAUGGUGCUCAAGAGUUCGGCUGGGUGACGGCGCAUAAGAAACUUGUGGUCUGCACUGCUAUUCAAACAUUUUCGUUCUCGUUUGCUGUCUGGGUUAUUUUUCGGCGAGAGAUGGGGAGGAUCUGAUAUGGUGCUUUAGCUACGACAAUUACGAUGAAUAUACAAUACUGACGCGAGAAAGUUAAGUGAUCUUGGAUACAUUACGAGGGAUUUUCCAUGGGAGGAUAACUUGAUGUGGCGAGAGGAGUAGAAGGACUGGACAGUCAUCAAAAUUGUCGUACUGUGGUCAAACCAGUCACAAGAGCAAUUUAUAUUGAUGGACUGUGUUUCCAAGGAUGAGAAUGCUAUUUCAAUAAUAUG